AACACUAACUGAGGACCAAUUGUGUUAAUCAAGAAAGCAUCAAUCUAUUGGAAACAAAAAAAAUCUGGAAUAAAGUUUAUCUCAACUUCUCCCUCCAUACAACGGCGGCGAUGGAACAUUUGUAGAUUUGUACAUACACACUUCCCACGAGAAAGAAAGAAAUAUCGUCACUUCCGCCUACCCCUGUCUUUUAGCACGGGCAACCCCGUGCGUCUUUCUUUUCGCUCAUCAUGGCGGACCGGUUCAAUAAGGUUCUGCUGCUUGAUGGCAGGGGCCAUCUACUUGGCCGGCUUGCCGCCCUUGUGGCUAAACAAGUUUUGCUGGGACACAAAGUGGUGGUGGUGCGAUGCGAAGGCAUCAAUAUCUCCGGCAACUUCUACCGCAACAAGCUGAAGUACCUGGCUUUCCUGCGUAAGAGGAUGAACACCAACCCCUCUCGUGGACCAUACCACUUCAGAGCUCCCAGCAGGAUUUUCUGGAGGACUGUCAGAGGCAUGCUGCCCCACAAAACCAAGAGAGGACAGGCUGCUCUGGAUAGGCUGAAGGUGUUCGACGGUAUCCCCCCGCCCUAUGACAAGAGGAAGCGCAUGGUUGUUCCAGCUGCUCUUAAGGUUGUGCGUCUGAAGCCCACUCGCAAGUUCGCUCUGCUUGGGCGUCUGGCACAUGAGGUCGGCUGGAAGUACCAGGCCAUCACAGCUACCCUGGAGGAGAAGAGAAAGGAGAAGGCUAAGCUUCGCUAUGGCAAGAAAAAGACACUGAUCAAGCUGACCAAGCAGGCAGAAAAGAACGUUGAGGGCAAGAUUGCAAAGUACACGGAUGUUCUGAAACAGUUUGGAGUCCUUGUCUGAGCUGUUUGUCUCUGGCCAAUAAAGAUAAAUAAUGUGUAUACUA